AUGGCAAAACUUGAAUCAACAACAACUAAAAAUAUAAUUAAUGAAAAUCGUGAUGAUAUUGAUGAUGAUGAUGAUCAAUUAAAUGUAUCAUAUAAAAUAGUUCCAACUAUUUAUAAUACAACUAAAACAGAACCACACAAAAAAGAUGUUCCAUUAACAAAAGAAUCUUCAACAAUAAAAGUAAUUGAAUCUAAUGAUCUUAAUGUUAAUAUAGAAUAUUUAAUUGGAAAGGAACCAGAAAAAUAUAUUUAUACACCAAUUCCAAAAGAUUAUUUAGGUCUUGUUCAUUGUACUGUAAAAUAUAAUAAAGAAGGUCUUAUAUCAAAAACAUUUUCUUUAUAUUUUAAUGGACAAAAUGAAAAUGAUCGAACUUUUCUUUUAACUGCACGAAAACAUAUAAGAAUUGAUGGACAUUCAGAAUAUUUUAUUGGAAAUGAUGAAAAAUCAUUAAAAAAUCUCAAUGAUGAAAAUUCAAUUGCAAAAUUAAAAGGUAUUAACAUAACUAGUACCGAAUAUAUUCUUUAUAAUCAAAAUAAUCAACAAUCAGUUGCCAUUAUUUAUGUAAGUUAUUAA